AUGAGGGGAUGGAAUUUCCAGACAAGACCGCUUUUAAGAAACAUCUCAGAAAAUACUGUGUAUCUACUAGGACAGAAUGCAGGUUUAGUAAGAGUGAUAAUAUUAGAAUCAAGGCUGUGUGAAGUCUUUGGAGAGCCAAUUUUAUGUUCUUGGUAUAUAUCUGCAAGGAGGAUUCCUGGUGAGGCGACUUGGAGCAUAAGAGAUUUCCACUUGCACCACACUUGUAUUGGGGAUCCUUAUGGGAGGAAUUCAUGUGCAAAUACAGAAUUUGUAGCUCAACAUGUGAUCAACAAUCUAAGGGAGUCACAUGGAAAGAAUGUACCUAAACCUUCUGAGAUUGCUGCCGAGUUUUGGACAAGCCACAACACCUUGAUCCCGUAUCACGUUACAUGGAAGGCUAGAAACAAUGUGUUGGAGAGGAUAAAUGGAAGAUUUGAUGAGAGUUUUAGACUCAUACCAAGUCUGUGUGAAAUGAUCAAAAGGACUAAUCCCGAAUCAAUUGCUACUUUCACUUACGGAAGAGACAAUCGCUUUGAAUCUGUAACCAUAUAUUUUGAUGCCCCAAUGAGGGGUUUUAUAAAUGGUUGUAGAAAUGUGGUUGGGCUGGAUGGUUGUCACCUGAAGGGAAAGUAUGGUGGAUGUCUACUAUCUGCCGCUGCUCUUGAUGGGCAGAAUGGAUUGGUUCCUUUGGGUAUCAUGGUUUGUAGAAACGAGUGUGCGGAGAACUGGUUCUUGUUCUUGAAUAAUCUCAAGCAUAGAUUGGUUGAUCAUCCCGUUGAGCCAAUCAACUUCAUAUCUGAUAGACAGAAGGGUUUGAGAGACGCUGUCCAAAAGUUGUUCCCUACUUCACCACAUAGACACAUGUAUGCAAACUUCAAAAUGCACUACAAUGGAUCUAAACUACACACACUAUUCUGGAAUGCUGCUAGAGCUUAUAAGCCUAAACACUUUCAGGCACACAUGGAUAGUAUGAUGUCAGAGAAUGUUAGUGCUUGUCAGUAUUUGAUGGGCGAGGAUCCUAAAAGCUGGUGCAGGGCCUUUUUUGACCACAAGAGCGCUUGUGAACACUUGAGUAACAACUUUUCUGAAAGUUUCAAUAACAUGAUAACCAACAUUAGGGAGAAACCUGUCUGCAAGCUAGUUUUGAUGUAUGGACAGCUGGUGAUGGGGCUGUUUUACAAGAGAAGAAAUGCUUGUGUUGGAUGGGAUUCUGGGGAUUUGGUUCCUACUGCCAAAAAAUUAUUGAAGAAGAUGUUUAAGAAAACAGGGGAAUAUAAGGUAGAAGGAGCGGUUGCUGGCAAGCUUUAA